CGCGCUAACCCGCUGACCAAUUAAAAGACGUAAGUGCCAGCGGUUAAAAAUCAAGGUCCCUGGAAGGGGGCCAAAAUUCGAAAAAAGCGCAAUGCGCUUGAUGCGAAUGCCAAUACGACUCUCUCUACAUAUUCUUUCACGUAGACACACAUCUCAGCUACACAAAUGCCCUCGCUCGAAUCUAGGAAGCCACUGAUGCAAAGAGCGGAGGACAGCAAAAGGGUUAUUUCAAGCCCAGCCGAAGCCAGGAUAUCGUGGUAUGCUGCAUCUCCCAAUUUGAUAAUCGUACACUCCCAAGAUUCAACAGAAGAACAGCAUACUACCAUGCAGCUGACCGAAGCUCAGCUGGCCGCGGCCACGGCCGUCGACUCGGCGAAGGCCGUCAAGGAAUUCGCCUGCUACGACAGCAGCACAACGAUCGGCUCGUUGCCGGUUCUUAACCUCGCGCGGGUGUGUACGCCGGCUGGGGCCUCUAUCGAGGGCGAGGACCGCGCCGGCAUGUUCGCUAUGGCCCUGCCCCUCGUGACCGUGCUGGGUGUAGGUACAGCCAUGGAGGUGACCGACUUCUUUCGCAGCGCGGACGUUCAGGAGAAAGGGGCGACUGGCUCGCUGGCGGCCAAGCAGGUGAUCGGAGCUCGGGCGUUUAUGGGCGAGAUUAUCGAUUUGAUGCGCGAACAUGUCAAGGAGACGGCGGGAUGCAUUGUGCUACCAGCCGCGCCUUCGUCAGGCAAGGCGCCCGCGAGGAGAGUUGGAGCGGCCGCACCGGCGCCGACGCCGGCUCCGGCACCGGCACCUGCAGCGUCGGUCCCGGCGACAACACCUGUCCUACCGACAACGGGAGCGGCAGCUGCACCUGCCCCGGCGGCAGCUCUUGCGGACAAAUCGGGAUCCGUAUCAGCGGCAGCAGCGGCCGCUGCAGCAGCCUCGGCAUCGAUCUCCACGACGGCACAGCAGCAGAAAGCCGCCAACCAUAAGGUAAUGCUAGCAACGAACGCGGAGUACAUGGCUCUCCUCAAUUCGACCGAGUUCGACCAGGAGGAAAAUUUGUUUUGCGUUUCCUCUUCGCCGCUCGCAGCUGCAACUGCUUUCGUGCCACAAUAA